UCAUAUGUUGAUUAUAUCCAAAAAGAAUUUAUCGGUUUUGAUUUCUUGAGAAACCACGAUGUUACUGACGUUCACAACCGAAAAUCAUACUUAGACACUCUUCUUAUACGUGGCACAACCGAUCUCAUUGUAAGCAAAAAAACUAACAACAUCUACAAAAAAGCUGUAAUCGUAUUAAUAAUUGAAAUCAAAAAGUCCAUCCAAGAAAAAAGCAUCAACCAAUUGAUAGCUGAGUUGAUUGCAUCAAACGUACAUUCAUCAAGAAGACCGAUAGCCUUAUUAACAGAUUUUAACAUGUACAAUUAUUUCUGGUUCAGUUGCAAAAAAAAUGAAAAAAAUUCCACAUCAAUUUUUAGCACUGGAUUUGUAAAUGCCCAUCAGGCCACCACGUUUAUAAGAUUUAUUUUGAAACCUGGAUUGGUUCAAGAAGAGAUCCAAGAGAUAUUCCCUUUCUUCGAUAAAAGGGUCUCAAUUAAUCAGAAAUAUGAUUAG